ACACACACACAGUCGUCAGAGCAGAGCUGCCUCCUUUGCUGUAAAGCGCGUUCAUCCUCCUCCUUCUCCUCCUCCUCCUCCUCUGGUUUGUCUGCUGCUCACAUCUCGUCCGCAGAAAGAUCUUUGCGUCUCCACAGGGGGACAGUAGUAGAAUCCUCCCUACGUGUAGAUGUUUUUGUCCUCUUCUUUGUUCUGAAGGAAUCAAAGAGGAGCAGCAGCGACAUGAUGAACAAGGAGCGACGGAGCAUGAAUUAUAAAGGCUUGCUGAGGAAGAACUGGCUCCUCAUCGCCACGGUGGUGUCGGUGCUGCUUGGGAUCGGUCUGGGCAUCGUGGUCAGAGAGUAUGCGUCCCUCUCCCAUCUUGACAAACAGUACUUUGGCUUCCCAGGAGAGAUCCUGAUGCGGAUGUUGAAACUCAUCAUCCUUCCACUCAUCAUUUCCAGCAUGAUCACAGGCGUCGCAGCCCUGGACUCUGAAGUGUCAGGAAAGAUCGGACUCAGAGCGGUUAUUUAUUACUUCUCAACAACUAUCAUUGCAGUUAUUCUGGGAAUUAUUUUGGUGAUGACGAUCAAGCCAGGUGUUUCACAGGACGCUGAGCACAUUGACCGAACUGGAACAACUCCCAACGUUACUACAGUUGACACACUCCUAGACCUUCUCAGAAACAUGUUUCCAGAAAAUCUGGUGCAGGCUUGCUUUCAGCAGUAUAAAACGAAGCGGAAAGAGCUAGAGCCGGAGAAAGUUUCUGUCAACACUACGACAAUUCCACCCCUAACAACCACCAUCGCAGCAGUACUGGAGAACAUCACUAAGGAAUACAAAAUCGUUGGCUCAUACUCAGAUGGGAUCAACGUGUUGGGCCUUAUUGUGUUCUGUGUAGCUUUUGGCCUUGUCAUUGGGAAGAUGGGCGAGAAGGGUCGAAUCCUACUGGAAUUUUUUGAUGCCCUGAAUGAAGCCACCAUGAAGCUGGUCCAGCUAAUAAUGUACUACAUGCCAGUUGGUAUCCUGUUCCUAAUUGCUGCAAAGAUCAUCGAGGUAGAAGACUGGGAAAUCUUUAGGAAGAUGGGGCUUUAUAUGGUGACUGUGCUGAGUGGGCUAGCUAUUCAUGCCAUCAUCAGCCUGCCCCUCAUCUUCUUCAUCAUUGUGAGGAAAAAUCCUUUUACGUUCACGCUUGGAAUGGCUCAGGCUCUGGUGACGGCACUUAUGAUCUCCUCCAGCUCAGCCACCCUGCCUGUCACCUUCAGAUGUGCUGAGGAGAACAAUGGCAUUGACAAGAGGAUCACUCGCUUUGUGCUCCCAGUGGGUGCCACCAUCAACAUGGAUGGCACGGCACUCUAUGAGGCAGUGGCUGCCAUCUUCAUUGCUCAGCUCAAUGACUAUGCUUUGGAUGUGGGCCAGAUUGUUACCAUCAGUAUAACAGCAACAGUUGCCAGUAUUGGAGCAGCAGGAGUCCCUAAUGCUGGCCUUGUCACCAUGGUGAUAGUCCUAACAGCUGUUGGAUUACCUGCAAGUGAUGUGACUCUGAUAGUUGCUGUUGAUUGGCUGCUGGAUCGGUUCCGUACAAUGAUCAACGUUCUGGGCGAUGCUUACGGAGCCGGGAUCGUUCAAAAGUUGUCCAAAAGGGAGCUAGAGAGGAUGGAUCUGAUAUCGGAUGUGGACGUCGCCAACCCUUUCGCUUUGGAAACUACGCUGGAUGACGACGAGUGUGAAAAAAAGUCUUACGUUAAUGGAGGCUUCACCGUGGAUAAGACGGAUGCGAUUUCAUUCACAGAAACGUCCCAGUUUUAGCUUCUGGAGAAACUGCCAUAUGGAAGAAUUUUACAGCUUACACCAGAAUCUUACACCAUGAUAAGGGAGACAGAACGAUCAAAGCCUAAACCUCAGCAAUAGCGGCUUUCAUUUAGCUUCAAUAAAAAUAACUGCGCCUCCUUUUGGACAUGUAUAACAACCACUAGAUACAAGUGCUUCCUUAUUACAUUCAAGUUGUGCCAAAAUACUAAGAAAACAACAUUUUGUUUUGAAUAACAUUGUUCUUGCAAAAAGCUGUUUACCAGUGUGAGUGUCAGUGUGUGUGUACGAGGAUACACCUUAUGGGUGUGUGUGUCUGUGUGUAAUUUGCAGAAAAUAAUAUAUAUGUUAACACUGAUGAAAAUUCAAUGUUGCUUCUUGAGUAGGGUACAAUAGUCUUAAUGUCCCAUCCUGCACUGCUUGUUUUAUUAAUAUUACCGUUAUGUCUAUAUGUAAAUUUGAAAAGUGCCAAACUAAUGCCAAACAUAUUUUUUCCACAAAGAUGCAUGAAGCAAUACAUGAAAGAAAUGGCGGCUGCACACUUUCUUUAUAUGAGGACUUCUCAAAGACUGAUAAUGGUUGAUGAAAGCUAAUGACGGUAAUGAACACUGUGAAAUUUCAAGACGUUUUUCAGAGCAAAUUCACCUGCAUUUAUUGAUGUAUGUCAAAACAUGAUAAAUACAAAGUAAACUGUGUUUGUGUUGAAAUUGUGUGGGGAAACCUUCGUGUGUACUGCUCUAACAACCCCGUUUAAACUG